UGUGGAGGAGGGGUUAGCCCAGAGGGGUAGGGUCUUACUGAGGGCAGGGCUAUUCUGGGUAGGUGGGAUCUGUUGCUGGGGUGGAGUGGUUAUUCUAAGGCAGGAGUAGGCAACCUUGACUCUUUUAUGACUCGUGGACUUCAACUCCCAGAAUUCCUGAGCCAGCAUGGCUCUGCUUGGAAACCUCUUCCUUUCCCCUCAGCAUGGCUGGCUGAGGAAUUCUGGGAGUUGAAGUCCACGAGUCAUAAAAGAGCCAAGGUUGCCUACCCCUGUUCUAAGGUGAUGGGGCUUAUUGCUGGGAGGGGGUCUAGUUGCUGGAGGUUGGGCUAUUUUGUACAGGUGGGCCCUGUUGCUGGGAUGGGGCUGUGGCCCCCCUGGCGUGGCCCUUGGUCACCUAGUGGGACCCCUUCCAGCCUAACCACCCGCAUCUCUUCUCCAGAGCACCAGCACCUGCGCUACAACCCGCUGCGGGAGGACUGGGUGCUGGUCUCUGCCCACCGUAUGCGGCGCCCCUGGCAAGGGCAGGUGGAGAAGCCCCCUGAGGAGGAGCCCCCACGCCACGACCCAUCCAACCCUUUGUGUCCAGGGGCCACGCGAGCGAUCGGCCAGGUAAACCCCCACUAUGAGAGCACAUUUGUCUUUGACAAUGAUUUUCCUGCAUUGCAGCCAGAUGCCCCAGAGCCUGAGGCUGACGACCAUCCCUUGUUCCGUUCAGCGUCAGCUCGAGGCGUGUGCAAAGUCAUGUGCUUCCAUCCCUGGACUGACCUGACUCUGCCGCUGAUGUCGCUUGCUGAGAUCCGCAGGGUGAUUGACAAGUGGGCAGAGAUAGCAGUCGAGUUGGGUGCCUCUUACACCUGGGUGCAGAUCUUUGAGAACAAGGGAGCCAUGAUGGGCUGUUCGAAUUCCCACCCUCAUUGUCAGAUCUGGGCUAGUAACUUCCUGCCCAACGAAGCCUCACUGGAGGACCAGUCCCAACGGAAGUACUACCGAGACAAUAAUGUGCCCAUGCUCCUUGAGUAUGCCCGGCUGGAGGCCGAGCGGAAGGAGCGGAUCGUGGUGGAAAAUGCAGACUGGCUGGUAGUGGUGCCCUACUGGGCAGUGUGGCCCUUCCAGACUCUCUUGCUUCCUCGGCGACAUGUCUGCCAACUUGAGGACCUCCAGGAGAGCGAGAGAGACAGCCUGGCAUCCAUCAUGAAGAGGCUUCUCAGCCGAUACGACAAUCUGUUCCAGGUUUCCUUCCCUUACUCAAUGGGCUGGCAUGGAGCUCCCACAGGGCCGUACCUGAAGGCCGACUGCAGGCACUGGCAGCUCCACGCCCAUUACUACCCUCCUCUGCUGCGUUCCGCCACCAUUCGUAAAUUCAUGGUGGGCUACGAGAUGCUGGCUCAGGCCCAGAGGGACCUGACGCCGGAGCAGGCCGCUGAACGCUUGAGGAACCUCCCUGAGCAUCACUACAAGCUGGACACCAAGUUGGCACCCUAGAGUAGAUGGUGGCUCUGUUCCCCCCUUUGGUGUGGGUCAGUCGGACGAUCCCUAGCCGCUGACAAAGAAAGCCUGGAGAAUGAUCCCAGCUGGAGAGUAAGGGGUCUGCCCUUGGAGGCUGCUUAGACGUUUUCUCAGGAAUUGCCUGACCCCGGACAGAGUGCCAGUCUGGCUGCCCAGUUCCACUAAGACUGUGAGACUGGUGACCAUUGAAGCCAGGACUCUUUCCUUCUCAUAAGUCCUCUGCAAAAAUGGAGGCUCCCUGUUCUGUAUGCCCAAUGGAGAUGAGACCCGUCUUUGGAGGAGGGGGAAGUCUGUUGUGGACUUCAACUUCCAGAAUUCCUCAGCCUUAAGAUGUGUAGAUGUCAGCUCCUGGAAUUCCUCAGCCUUAAGAUUAUGGACUUCAACUCCCAGAAUUCCUUAGCCUUAAAACUUGUGGACUUCAACUCCCAGAAAUCCUCAGCCUUAAGACUUGUGGACUUCAGCUCCCAGAAUUCCUUCUGGUGAUGGACGGCUGUGGUCAUAUCCUGGUCUGCCCAGCUUCUGAGAGCUGGCAAUAUUAAUGUCAUUGGAAUGAGAGUAAAUUAGAAUAUUUGGGGCAAGGAUGGGGUUGCCUCUUUUCCUGAACUCUCCCCAAAUGAAGCUGAGGCAGCUUAGAAAGAGGGCAGAGAUGAACAGAGCAACAGAAAUGAACGGGUCUGGAGGCUGUCCUACAAUGAAUUGCUAAGGUAACCAGGUAUGACUGCCCUAAUGAAAAGAAGGCUUAGGGGAGGCAUGAUAGCAGUCUUCCAAUAUUUGAGGGGCUGCCACAAGGAAGAGGGGGUCCAUUUGCUCUCCAAAGCACUUGAGGAUAGGACAAGAAGCAA